AUGGUAACCCCCCAGGCCUCCUUGAGCAGCGUGGUGGACCUCCAGCCUCCGCCCAGCCCAGCCACGGAGUCUCAGGGCCAGGCCAGCAGCACGGCCGUGUCCACUGAGGUGGAUGAGGUCCCCGUCCAGCCAGCCAGCCCAGAGGCCAGGUCGGUGUCAGAAGGCACCCCGGAGGCCAGCACGGAGGUGACAGCUCUGCUCCUCGUCCAAGUCCCGGAUACCCUGCAAGUGUCCCUUAGCGCCCCACUAGUUCAAGAUGCCGACACAAGCCAGGGCCAGGAACCUCUGCAGCAGCAGGCCCCCACGCAGGAAGAGCAGUCACCACAAGAGAGUAUCCCCAGCCGGCCAUCCACGCCACCUUCCCCAGGUAUGGAGGCACAGCCAGUGGGAAGUGGCACCGGCCAGCCCCCCCUCGCCAUGGUGGCCAGGAAUCCCAGCGCCCAGAGUCAGGCCACCGGCAACGCUGACACAGCUCAGUGGCAUCCCAGAGGCCGGGGGUCCAGGAGCCCUGAACCGAUGGCGCCCGGGGAGGCACGGGCCUGGUCCCUCCCGUCGUCCCCAGGGGGCAGCCCGCCCCCCUCACCCACCCUGCACCCGCUGGCCAUAGGCCUGAGGCCCCUGGACCCCAGCUUGUACGUGGCUGACGAGGAGAAUAAUUACAUGCGCUCUAUGACCAGCCUGCUGGGCAGCGGGGAGGGCUCCAUCAGCUCCCUGGAGGACAUCCUGGUGUGGUCUGAGGCCACUCUGGACAUGGCCAUGCGCCUCCUGGCCACUGGCCAGGGCUCGGUGACAGACCUGCUGCAAAGCCCAGGGCCCGGCCUGCGCUCGGCCUCCAGCCUCCUGGACAAUGCCAGCUCGGUCAUCUCCUCCAGCUGGACAGCAAGCACGAGCUCAGCCCUGCGAACCAUCACCAACAUGCUGGAGACAGUGGAGCGGCGGACCAUCGAGGGCAUCCGCUCAGCCGUGCGCUUCUUGACCAGCCACCUCACGCCGGACCAACCCCAGGCCAGCCCUGGCUGUGACUAG